CAUCUUCAACAAAGAUAAGCAUUCACUCAAACCAUGCCUUAUUAUGCUCAUGGCCUGUGAGUUACAAUUCCCAAUGAAAUUCCACUAAAGCCACCAUCUUUUGACUCAAUAAAUCAACACCCAAUAUUCAAAAUUCCAACUUUUUUUGUUAAUUUUUCUUUCCAUUUAUUACCAUACUAAUCAAUAAACCUGAUCACUCUUUCAGAUCCAGAACCACCCUCCUAGAGAUGGAUAUUGAUGAGUGGGAGUUUCUCUCUGAUGAUGGCUACCUUGAUUUCAGUGAAGAUGGUGAGAAGAAGCAAAUUUCCUUUGGAAAAGGAAACUUGGACUCAAAAAGUGUUUUUGACAUGGAAUACUUUUGUUCAUCACCACCUAGAAAAUCAAGGGUGCACAAUCAACUAGUCCCUUUGCCAAUUCAAUUGGAACCCAGAAUUUGUAAGGCCUCAGAAGAUGUAUUAGUCAAAGACAUGAUCAAAAUUGCUACUCCAUCAGAGAAAGCCAAAGACUUUGAGGUAGUGGAAGCUGAUCAGGACACAGUGUCCCAAGUUUUCUUCAAGAUCAAGGAAAGUGAAUUUGUGGACAUGAAAAUGGACUCCCCCAAGUCAUGUAAUAGGGGAUUGUUGCCUCCAAUGGAUGCAAGUGCCUUCAAAUUUGAGGACAAAAGUGAGGCCAAGGAAAUCAUCACCUCUCCCAGAAGGAUGAUUGAGAAGGGCAUGUUUGGGAUGGAGAGUGACAAAGAAGAGGACUCAACAUGGGAAGAAGAGAACAACAGUGGUUUCAACAUAUGGAAGUGGAGUUUGACUGGUGUUGGAGCUAUUUGUUCUUUUGGUGUUGCUGCUGCUACUAUAUGUGUUCUCUUCUUUGGAACCCAGCAAAGGAACAAACUAAAGCAGGAGCAGCAGAUUCGGUUCCAGAUCUAUGCUGAUGACAAGAGGAUUAAGCAAGUGGUACAGCAUGCGACCAAAUUGAACGAAGCAAUAUCUGCAGGAAGAGGUGUUCAGAUGAGCAGAGCUCACAUAAGCAUUGGUGGUUACUAUGAUGGUCUUUGAAGCAUGGAUUUGAUGAGUUUCUUGAAACAAUUGGAAUCUACAAUGGAUCAACAGUGUGACAAGAUCUAUUAAUCUGGCCCUAUCAUAUAUUGCUGUAAAUAACAUGAUGCCAGAUGCUAUUUCCUUAAUGCUUAUGUUUGUUCUGUAUAUUUUCUGUUCUCGUGUAUAAAUUAAGUCACAGAUUAGAGGCACUUUUAUUAUUAUUUGAUUAAUAGUUCACAAUUCAUGUACCAACAUGUUUUUAACUUAGUUUUUAGUUUUGGGUAUUUGUUUAGUUCUUAAGUCAGGUGCAACAAUGCAAUGAAUUGAGUCGUCGAGUUAGUGGUAACCAAUGAUCUUGAAAUUUGAAAAUGUCAAUGGUGACCAAAUACUAAUAUCCAAAGUUAGAAUUAUUGUCAGUGUGACAACUGACAAAUUACUGAAAGAAUUUCAAGGGUUCUAAGUGUAAAAGUUUUGAACAUUAUUAUCGAUAUGUUGUUAAGAAUAUUAUUUUAUUACUUGUUUCUUAUAAUAUUCUCCACUUGG